UCGCUCUCCGGUCCGCGCUGUGGAUGAACGAGCCUCUUUAACAUAUUCAGACCAACGUCAUCUGCUGAAGGUGGAUCAUGCCGUGCAGCCUUUUCUAUAAAACCCCCCGCAGCUCGCUCACUGCGGAGGAAUAGUCACCGGUUUUGGCGGAGAAGGAGAGAAAGGAACUUUGCUUUAAAGCACGCGGAUUCCUGUCACCGGGAGCUGGUCGGAGAGGGAGAAAAAGAAAAAGAAGCGGAUAAACUGGACGGAGGAGAUUUACGCACCGUCGCCGGACAGAGUUUAGAGCCGGACACAAGCGCCUUUACGCACAGACACAGGUGGAUGCUGGGAAGCGGACCAGCUCGGAGGAGAUGUUACCACUGGCCCAGUUUGGGGUGCUGUCGGCCCUGGCCACCGCGCUCACCUCUGUCCUGUCCGCACUCUUGCUGCUGGCGCUGACCCGGCAGCUGUGGAGCCUCCGCUGGAGUCUGACCCGGGACAAAGAGAGCAGCCUGCCGCUGCCGAAGGGCUCCAUGGGCUGGCCGCUGGUCGGAGAAACUUUCCACUGGCUGUUCCAGGGUUCAAACUUCCACAUCUCGCGCAGGGAGCGUCAUGGCAACGUGUUUAAGACCCACCUGCUAGGGAAGCCCGUCAUCCGGGUGACGGGCGCGGAGAACAUCCGCAAGAUCCUGCUGGGCGAGCACAGCCUGGUGUGCACCCAGUGGCCCCAGAGCACCCGCAUCAUCCUGGGACCCAACACCCUGGUCAACUCCAUCGGAGACCUGCACAAGAGGAAGAGAAAAAUCCUGGCCAAAGUAUUUAGCCGUGGGGCCCUGGAGUCCUACCUGCCCCGGCUGCAGGACGUCGUCAAGUCUGAAAUCGCCAAGUGGUGCUUGGAGCCAGGUGCCAUCGACGUUUACAGUGCCGCCAGGUCCCUGACGUUCCGUAUCGCCAUCAGGGUCCUGCUUGGUCUGCAGCUAGAGGAGGAGCGGAUAGUCUACCUGGCCCAAAUUUUCGAGCAGCUGAUGAACAACCUCUUUUCGCUCCCCAUAGAUGCUCCGCUCACUGGGUUACGCAAGGGGAUAAAAGCCAGAGAAAUCUUGCAUGCCAACAUGGAGAAAAUCAUUGAGGAAAAGAUGCAGCGGCAGCAGACGGAGGACGAAUAUCACGAUGCCUUCGACUACAUGCUGUUCAGCUCCAAGGAGCACGGCCAUCAGCUCAGCAUCCAGGAGCUCAAGGAAACAGCAGUAGAGUUGAUAUUCGCCGCUCACUCCACCACAGCCAGCGCAUCCACAUCGCUGGUUCUGCAGCUUCUUCGCCAUCCAGCAGUGGUUGAGAGAGCCAGAAUGGAGCUGGAGGCCGAGGGCCUCGGCCAUGAAUCCAAUAGCAGUCACAGCCCAUCUGGUGUCACCACGGAGAAAGAGGAGGAGGAUGCUAACACGGAGACAACCUACCUGCUGAAUGGAGGCUGUCAGAAUCACCAGAAUCACAGUGGUGGUUUUCCACAGUCCCAGUCUCAUAUACCCUACCUGAGCCUGGACAAGCUGAGCCAGCUGCGCUACAUCGACUUUGUUGUGAAAGAGGUGCUCCGCUUCUUGCCGCCAGUCUCCGGUGGUUACCGAACAGCCCUACAGACAUUUGAAUUAGACGGCUACCAGAUCCCCAAAGGCUGGAGUGUAAUGUACAGCAUCCGGGACACCCAUGAGACUGCAGCGGUGUUCCAGAGCCCGGAGCUGUUUGACCCAGACCGGUUUGGUCCAGACCGGGAGGAGAGUCGGUCGUCCCGGUUUAGCUACGUGCCAUUCGGUGGUGGCGUGCGGAGCUGCAUUGGAAAAGAACUGGCACAGAUCAUCCUAAAGACUCUGGCUGUGGAGCUGAUUGGGACUUGCAAAUGGACUCUGGCCACAGAGAACUUUCCCAAGAUGCAGACAGUCCCAAUAGUGCACCCGGUAAACGGGCUACAUGUGCAUUUCACAUACAACUACCCACUUUAGAUACAAAUACAGACUGACAGACUUUCCAAAAAACAAGAGGCAAUUUAACCUUCAGCCUGCUUCUGGAAAAACUCUAAGCCCAAGAUAGGAGACACAAAAACCUCACUGGGCCUGAUGGUGCUGUUCAGACCCCAUUUCAUUUCCACAGACAUGAAAAAGGGGUUUACAUUGCUGGUUUGGAGCACUUCUGGAACACAUCUCUUCAGUGGUUUGGUCCAAACCUAAGAAAACCACCUUCUGUUUUAGCACAAGUACAUUUUUAAUCACCUGACAUUCUCACCUGCAGCAGUUUUUAUUGUUCCCCAGCUUUUGCUACCCUUUACAUGCAUUUUUAAGUUAUUUUUGUAUUGAAGUAUAGUGCAUAUCAGCGAGAAAAGUAAGUCUGUGAGUAAGUAUUUUCCUUGCUUAUUUUCAAACAGAAGAUCCAGGUAUCCCCUGCUGAAGUGCCCGCUGAAUGGACUGCAUGUACACUUCAAUUACAACAGCGAAAGUUUAUAGUCAGAGUGGUUUACGUACAAUUAAACCCUCUCACCUUCACCUUCAGAAAUUUCAUAUUUUGUUGCCUUUCAGUAGUAUUCCUGAUGUGCAUCAGUGGGAGUGCGAGCCACACUACCUUUCUUUGCUCAUGUUCAGCUGGAGAAGUCGGAUUUGACCUGCACACAGCAAGUGCCUCGUGAACAGACUUCAGGUUUAUUUGAACUAAAAUCAAUCAAAAUCCAAAAUCUACAUCACAUUUACUGUAGAUAACAGGAGUUUUCCCAUGUAUCCAUAGAUCUAUGUUCUUGGCUGUGAAAAAGCUCCAAGUCCAGGGACAAAUAUGCAACGCAAAACUGUCAGCGGUGGUUUGCACCAUUUUAUUGUGAUACACACUUACAUCAAGUGGUUAAUAGAUGAUGAAAUCCAAUUAGCUUUGGGGCUUUUAUCUUUUGUACCUCUUAGUAGCUUUGCCUUAGCCUUUUUGAAAACUGACAAAAAUGUAAUUCUUCCAGUCCAGUGACGGCAGGAUAUGGGGACCUCACCUUCAAUUACGGUACAGAAUUAACAUUUACAGACAUGGCUUACAGACUCUGUGUUCAUUUGUUGUUCCUUCCUUCAGUUGGCUCCAUUUACAUCUUAUAACCCCUGAACCACCUGUGAGCAAGGCCUGCUAGCUCCAUGGAAAUAUUGCCUGUGGAGAAACAAAAAGAUAAAAGCUCUUCAUUCAAUGUAAAAAAAAGGGUGACUGUUCUUAUUAGAACCUGCUUCUGUAAUGGAAAAAUAUCUGAAAUAUUUUGGAAAAUAUUUCAAGACCCAUGUUGGUUAAAGGAGGGACUAGACUCAGGUUUCCUUGCAAUGAUCUCCACCACUAAAUCACUUUGACUGAUAGAACUUGCACUUGACUUUGACACAUAAAUCCCACAACCAGGAACUACCCGAACAUAAAGGUCAAAAUACAUUCAAACUGUUCUGUUAAAUAUGAAUGUAAUAUAUAUAUCCUUAACAGUGCUAUUAUGUGUGUAUCAAAUGAAGUAGCAUUAUGAAUAAGCUGUAUUUAAAAUGCAGAUGUAUAAUUUCUGUUUUAACUUUUACUCUGUAACAAUAUUUGCUGUAAUUAUGAAUAGAUAGAGACACUAACCUGUAAUGUAAAGGACUGUCCAUAAAACCUUGUUUUACUGCUAGAACAUAGAAAUCUUUCAUUGUUUAGAGCAGAAUAUAUUUAGAGUAACGUUAUUAUUAUGAUUAUUAUUAUGAUUAUUGUUAUUAUUAUUGGUCUAAUUUUAGGACUGUUUCUGUGUUGGUCUUGAAGCCUAAUAGACGCGCUGUGAAAUCUUAUGUACGGAUGGAUUCGUGGAAGGAGAUAGCACUUUCUCCGCUUUAAGGAGUCUGUAUAUAUUUGUCCUGUUUAUGCAUUCAUUGAGUGUGUCAGAUGUAGCUGCUGUACAGUUAAUGUAAAGAGUAAAUUAGAAGAUGUUAAACAAAAA